AUGUCCCUAGCCUGUUUCAUGGACAUACCCCAUAAUAAGCUCAUCAAUAACCAUUACUACUACCUCAACGCCGAAGGAUCGCAAUACUACACUUGCGGAGCAUGGAAACUACGUGUCAACACCACGGGCUACAGAAUCUGGAUACCGCAACAACGAGAAUUUGCGUACGAGCCUGCGGAAAUGCGUACGCGGUUUAUUUAUAAUCGCAUGCAUAAGGUUAUAUAUCGAGAAAAAAGAGAGGGGUUGUGUGAUAUAGGAGUUCCUAGUUUGGGGAGAUUGAUUGUGAGGUAUAGGAGAGGGAUUAUGGAGUCGUGUUUGAGGAGUUUGGAGCGGGAUUUGGAACGGAGAGGAGAUAGUGUGCGAGAGAAUGAAUAUUUUGAUGAGUGGGAGAUUGAUUUGGGGGAUUGGGAGUGGAAGGCUGGAAAGGGGUAUGAGGGGUGGUUGGUGAGGGAGCGGAAGCGCUUGGAGGAUAGAAGGGAGUAUUCGGAGUAUAACGUUUGGGUGGAUAUGGAGUUGGGGAGGGAGGAACCCAUUAAGCAGGAAACUGUUGAGGAGGAAAAUACUACGCAGCGGUUUAUCGAAAACGUCAUUAUCAAGCAAGAGAACACCACAGAGCAAGGAUUCAUCAAAAAGGAAGUCGUCGAAUCGAUUUUUAUCAAAAAGGAGAUCAUGGAAGAUUGA